AUGAGUCAAUCACUUUCUGUACUUGCGUACUUUGACGGAAGUAAUUAUGCUUACUGGAAGAAACCUCCCUCCACUAUCGUAUCAGGAACUGUUACCCUUACUGAUAGAUCACUGUGGACUAAGGAUGAGAUAGCUGAGUGUAAUUGGAAUAGCAAGGGACUUCAUGCCUUGUUUAUGGCCGUGUCUUCCGAAGAUUUUAGGAGAGUGUCAAUGUGCGAAACUGCUAAAGAGGUGUGGGAUAUUCUUGAAACUACACAUGAGGGAACUAAAACGGCAAAGAACUCGAAAUUACAAAUGCUAGCUUCUAGAAAGUCUAUUGCUUUAAAAUCCAUCAAAGAGGAUGAAUCUUCCGAUACUGAGUCUCUGAGGGACGAUGAAAUCGUUUACUUUGUGAAGAAAUUUCAAAAGGCUCUCAAGAAUAGGAGAAAGCCUCAGGAUAGAAAAAGUGGAGUCCCUAGCAGAUUCUCAAAAGAAAAAACUGAAAGGUUUAACAAUAAAAGUUCUAGUGAUAAACCACGUUUGGUUAGUGAUAGGCAAGAGUCAUCUAGUAGUGAAGAUGAAGGGAACUAUAUGGCAUUUGUGUCGACUAUUAAGAGUGAAUCUGAUAAGGAGAGUGACAAGGUUCAGGAAGAACUUCACAACAAUAAUUCUAGUAAUGAGGAUGAGGAUGACAUAGACAUACAUGAGGCCUAUCAACUCUUAGAAAAAGAGAGACAUGCUAGUAAUCUCCAGAAUUCACUUAAGAGUGUCAGUGAGUUAAAAUGUGUCAAUGAGAAGUUGGAAGACAAGGUUAAGACAUUAACUAGUGAAUUGGAGAAAUCUAAUGCUCAUCUUCAGACUUUCAUAAGUGGAACUAAGAAAUUGGAUGAUAUUUUGGGAAUGAAUAAGCCUACGGGAGAUAGGAAGUCUAACGCUGUCAACAGUCCAAAUAAGGGUAAGAAUGUUUUGAGGGAACAAAGUCAUCAAUCACGUAGAAAUUUUAUGCCCAAACACCCACAGACACGUACCUUUGAGCCUAGGUUCAUUCCCACCUGUCACCACUGUGGAGCUCUAGGACACACUAGACCUAGAUGUUAUAAGUUAGGCAAUGAGCGUAGAAAUCAGAAUAUUCCAAGUCAGGUCAGUUUUCUGACUAAUCAGGUUAGUCAUUUGACUGAGAUGCUUACUAGGCUGACUAGGAGAACCACGUCAUCUAAGAAAGUUUGGGUUAAAAAGGAGGAUCUACUCGGACUUUCAGGUCAGGUAAAUUGCUAUGUUGCUCAUGUUGCAUUAAAAGCCCAAGAUUUCAAUAUGUGGUACCUUGAUAGUGCUUGUUCUAGGCAUAUGUGUGGUAACAAGGCUUUAUUCACUACUCUUGAUGAAUGUUUAAAGUCGAACUUGUUAAGUAUUAGUCAGAUUUGUGAUGUUGAUUUUGAGGUUAGCUUUGUGGAAAAGAGAUGUACUGUGUAUGAUUCAUUCGGUGGGGUGGUCCUUGAAGGGGUUAGAACGUCUGAUAGCUGUUAUGGAGUCCUACCUAAUUCUAACCAUGUGUGUAGGAGUGCAAAAAUUGAUGUGAGUGAACUCUGGCAUAAAAGAUUGGGUCAUUUAAACUAUAAGAGUCUAGUACAACUGGCUAAAAAGGAGUUGGUAAAUGGUUUGCCUAAAAUAGGUCCUAGUGAAAAUGUUGUAUGUAGACCAUGUCAACUGGAUAAUUUCUUGAGGUUCACAUGGGUAGAAUUGCUUAGGGAAAAAUCUGAUGCGUGUGACCUUAUAAAAUCUUUGUGUAAACGGCUUAGUAAUGAACUCAAUCACAAAGUGUCCAGAAUGCGAAGUGAUCAUGGAAAAGAGUUUGAAAAUUUCAAUCUUGAGAGCUUCUGCAUGGGUGAAGGGAUACUACAUGAGUUCUAUUCCCCUAUCACUCCUCAAAAUGGGGGGCUAGCCUUACAUUUUUGGGGAGAAGCUGUUAAUACUGCAUGCCACAUAAUCAAUAGAGUCUACCUUAGACCCAAAACCGAUCAGACUCCAUAUGAGAUUCUAAACGGUAAAAAGCCUACUGUCAAAUACUUUCGUGUGUUUGGGAGUCUAGUGAUCCUACUGAACCGCUUGUGCCUGAAUCAUCUCUUAAAAUUCCUGAAACUCCUGAAAAGGAAACAAGACACAAUCCCUAAGGAACCAUCAACUAGGGUCAAGUCUAAUCAUCCUAAGGAUAAUAUCAUUGGGGAUUUGGAUGAAGGUAUGAGGUUUCGUAAGAGAGUACUGUACAAUCUAGCAUAUACUAGCUAUGUUUCACAGGUAGAGCCUAAGAAAGUCGAAGAGGCCCUUAGUGAUGAGUGUUGGGUGAAUGCAAUGCAUGAGGAACUCAAUCAAUUUGCAAGAAACAAUGUGUGGAUCUUAGUACCCAGACCUGAGAAUUGUAACGUUAUUGGGUUCAAGCUACAUCAAAUGGACAUUAAGACUGCCUUCUUGAAUGGACUUCUUCAAGAAAAAGUCUAUGUGGAACAACGAAAAGGAUUUGUUGAUCCAAAGUUUCCCCACUAUGUCUACAAACUCCACAAAGCACUCUAUGGUUUGAAACAAGCUCCUAGAGCUUGGUAUGAGAGACUUACGUCAUUCUUGAGGAACAUGUCUCUAGCAUAUGAGUUUGCCGAGUGUUUGAAGCAAGAAUUUGAGAUGAGUAUGGUUGGUGAGUUGAGUUAUUUCCUUGGACUUCAGGUGAAACAGACUGAGGAUGGCUUGUUUAUUUCACAGUCUAAGUAUGCAAAGAAUCUAGUUAAGCGGUUUGGAUAUGUGAGUGGUACUGUUGAUCUAGGGAUUUUCUAUUCUAGAAAUUCUAAUCUUGAUUUGGCUGGCUACUCCGACGCCGAUUGGGCGGGAAUGCAGAUGAUAGAAAAAGUACUUUUGGGAGCUGUUUCUACAUGGGUGGCAGUCUAG